CAGAACCAACAGUCUGAGAGAAGAGCUGCUGGAGCUUCAUCAAUCAGAACUACGCUUGGACCAGAAAUAUGAAGAAAAAUCAGAAUAUGGAAGGCCGGAGGAGCGACCCAAACCAUCCUACUGGGAACCCCACUAACGGGAACCCAAAGAAUGCAAAGAUCCAGAAAAGAAGAACUGGAAUCAAGAAGCCCAAGAAUGAUUCAUGUAAAAUUAUCUUUGCUGAAACGGAAUCAAAAUUUGAUCAGAAAGCAGACAGAGAAGACAAACCGUACAGCUGCGACCAGUGUGGAAAACGCUUCGGAAAAACAUUCACUCUUAAAUGCCACCAGCGAAUUCAUACUGGAGAAAAACCAUUCAGCUGUGAUCAGUGUGGAAAAGGUUUUACACGGAUGGAUAAACUAAAAUUGCAUCAGCGAGUUCAUACUGGAGAAAAACCAUAUGGUUGUGAACUAUGUGGAAAAAAUUAUGCACAUAUGGAAAGCUUAAAAAUCCACCACCGCCUGCAUACUGGACAAAAACCAUAUAAAUGUGAUGUAUGUGGGAAAGACUUUGCAUACAAACAGAAAUUAAAACGCCAUCUACACAAGCAUACUGGAGAGAAACCAAGUCUGGAUCACAGUGGAGAAGCGUUUGCAUCCAACAAUCAGCUAAAAACUCAUCUACAUGUCAACUCCAAUAAGAAAUCCUUUGGCUGUGAUCAAUGUGGAAAAAAGUUUGCACUCCUCAGUCGGCUGAAAUCUCACCAGAUUGUGCAUUCUAACCAAAAACCAUAUAGUUGUUAUCAUUGUGGAAAAGAAUUUGCACGAAAAAGAGGACUGGAGACUCAUCUGCUUAUUCAUUCUGGUGAGAAACCAUAUAGCUGUGAUCAAUGUGGGAAAGGUUUUGCACGCAGGGACCAAUUACAGUCACACCAGAGGGUUCACACUGGAGAAAGGCCUUUUGUAUGUGGCCAAUGUGGGAGAGCUUUUAGAUAUUCAAGUAAUUUAGCGAGACAUAGAAACAUUCACACAGCUGUAGGAAAAUACAGAUGUGGCAAAUGCAUGAAAACAUUCAAAUGUUUAGAUUAUUUAAAAUCUCAUUAUCGCAUUCAUACUGGAGAGAGACCCUACUGGUGUGAGCACUGUGGGAAUACUUUUAGAUAUCCAAAGGAUUUACAGCACCAUCAGCGCAAACACACUGGAGGGAAACCAUAUUGUUGUGACUGAUGGAGGUCUACUGGUUUGGGACACAAUGGCUUAAAGCAGUAUGUUGCAGUAAAAUAUGAUUUUUGUUUUUAACUGUAAGCUGCUGUUCUUGACAAGUUUAAUAAACUGACCUUUUACAACCUUG